CCUCCUCCGUCUUCUUCUCCCUUUUAUCACUUCGCCCGAUCGCUGGUCCACAAAUCCCUCUCUCUCUCUCUCGCUCUCUCCCGAGCACGUCCGUCAGCAGCGAGCGCGACUCCAUUCCCGAGCUUCCAUCGGCUCACUGGCAAUCGCAUUCCCCCAGAAGGUUGAACCAAGCACUAUGGAGCGGCUCACUUCUUCAGCGAAGCUCAUGAUCGUUUCGGAUCUUGAUCAUACAAUGGUUGACCACCAUGACCCUGAGAACAUCUCCCUGCUCCGAUUCAAUGCUCUAUGGGAAUCCAGCUACCGUCGUGAUUCCCUCUUAGUUUUCUCAACUGGAAGGUCGCCAACCCUAUAUAAACAGCUGAGAAAAGAGAAGCCCAUGUUAACUCCAGACAUCACCAUAAUGUCUGUUGGGACUGAGAUAACCUAUGGUAACUUGAUGGUUCCAGAUGGUGGUUGGGAAGAAGUUUUAAAUCAGAAAUGGGACCGAAAAAUUGUACAAGAGGAAACAAGCAAGUUUCCUGAACUUUCUCUUCAGUCAGAAACAGAACAAAGACCACACAAGGUUAGCUUCAACGUUGACAAAAGCAAGGCUCAGGAUGUGACGAAGAAGCUUUCAGAGCUUUUGACAAAUCGAGGGUUGGAUGUCAAAAUUAUCUACAGUGGAGGAAUGGAUUUGGACAUAUUACCACAAGGUGCUGGGAAAGGACAAGCUCUUGCAUACUUGUUAAACAAGUUUAAGGCGGAAGGAAAGCUUCCUAAUAAUACCCUUGUUUGUGGCGAUUCUGGAAAUGACGCUGAACUAUUCUGCAUUCCAGAUGUAUAUGGUGUCAUGGUGAGCAAUGCUCAAGAAGAAUUGUUGCUGUGGCAUGCUGAAAAUGCCAAAGACAACCCCAAAGUCAUUCAUGCCACAGAAAGGUGUGCUUCUGGGAUCAUUCAGGCCAUUGGUCAUUUUGGACUGGGUCCAAAUACAUCUCCGAGGGAUGAGGCCGACCUUUUAGGCUCUAAAAUGGAAAAUCUCAGUCCUGGUGGUGAAGUAGUGAGAUUUUACUUACUGCAUGAAAAAUGGAGACGCGGGGAGAUUGAGAACUCUGAGAGUUACAUCACAACUCUGGAAGCAGUUUGUCAACCACCUGGGAUUUUUGUCCAUCCAUCUGGUGUUGAGCAGUCUUUUCGUGAAUGCAUAAGUGCAUUGAAGGGGAACCAUGGAGACCAACAGGGGAAACGAUAUCGAGUUUGGGUAGAUCAAGUAUUUCCUACGAAGAUUGGUUCGGACACCUGGCUAGUGAAGUUUCAAAAGUGGGAGAUGCAUGGUGAGGAGCAGCAGAGUUGCUUGUGCUCUGCUGUAUUGGUUACAAAGGAUGCUGACGGUUUGGAUGGAUGGACAUGGCUACAUUUGCAUCAGACAUGGUCAUCGGUAGCAGGAGCGAAAGAUCAUCUGACCUGGCUUCUGUGAAGGCUUCAAAUACUUAACAAGUUUAUAGUAUGACGAUCGACUGAAGAUAUAUUACCGUGCUUUAAUAAUUUAUGUAUGAUACCACAAUGAAGAUGGCUAAAUACAUGAUUUCAUCUGCGAGGAAAUCUCAUUUAGAGAGGCAAAAAUGCUAUUGAAUAAGAAUUGCAUGGUAUCCAUUCAGUCAGGACCACGAGCCUGUGAAUGAAGGUGAAUAGAGAUAAGAGAUCUCCUUCAAACAAACAAAACUGUAGGAGCUAGAGCCGAGAGCGAGAAGCUCGUACUGGAGCUUCUGGACCAGUUUGAGGAAGCUGGAAAGAGAUUCUAAAUACCGGUAACAAAUGAUGAAAGUAUUCGCAGAAUUAACUGAACUGACGAAGCUUUAGCAGGCAAAAACCACUCUCUUCCUUGACAUUUUGGUUUGUGCCAUUGUGCUUUUGAGUUUUGAACGACGACGACAUGAGAUCAGUGUCGAGAUCCCCCUAAUAACUUGUAUUCUUUUUAUAUGUUAAGUUCUGUCGAA